AUGGGCCUUGAAAGAUCCACAACUGUCGACUUUAGUGGAGAUUUGCAGCUUGCAGCAAAUGGCGCCGUCACAUUCAUGAGACUGCGACUCGUAUCGCUGUCCUGCGAUAUUGAUUUCUAUAAUUAUCCCUUUGACAGCCAGACCUGUUCCGUUGGAUUUUACCCUCACGGACCUCCAGAAGCAGAUCCUGUAUUUAAUGAAAACAAUUUUGAUUUGAAUAAGUUUUAUACUGUUCAUAAAGAGUGGCUGAUUACAAGUAAAAGAAAUUUUAUUAACAAUUUGAAUGAUAAAAUCACUAACAUAAACGUAGCAGUUCCAACUCAUAGUAUAACGAUGAACAGAAAGCCACUGUAUUACGUCAUUACCAUCAUCUUCCCUAUGGUUGUAACAUCAGUGAUGAUUCCUCUAGUGUUCAUGAUACCUACUCAGACCGGAGAGAAGAUAUCUUAUCUUAUCGCUCUCUUCACCUCAACAGCCAUUUUUCUCAACUUUAUAAGGUUACGUUUGAAAUCGCUAUUUUCGCUCUGCUUGUACUAUUGUAUCCGGUAUUAUUUAACCUGUUUAAUGUAA